CCUGUUGAAGCAGUGCGCAGAACUCACGCAAACUUCUGUUUCCAGGCUCAAGUGCGCGCCGGAACGCGGAGACGCGCACCGAAGCAGAAGUUUUCUUCACUUCUGGAUAGUAAGGAUAAAGAGGAGCGCUUGCAGUGAGGAUGUAAACCUACAUCUAACCAGGCGUAUAAUGCAGAACAGGCUUUGAAUCGGGAACGUUGCGCUGUGGUUUUUACGCACGACGCAUGGAGAUCUUCCAGGUGCUUCACUGAUCAUUAGCGAGCGCCAGUCGUCUGUGUUCGAUCUAACCUGAGAUGAUCGAUCAUUUGAUCCCAGACUGGCUGGAAGUGACCUGACAGUAUACACAGAUCGCGAUGAAAGUGCUGCUCGUGCUGUGCGCGGCGCUCGCGGGCGCGCGGAGCGGCAGAGACUGUCCCGAGCUGAUGAUUGACAGCUGUCGCUGCGCCUCAGAGAGAUCAAAGGAGUUUAAUAGGCACAGCGUGCGCGUGAAGGUUGUGUGUGAUGAUGCGGACCUGACGGAAACCAUGCAGCCCGGCUCUUUACCCAACACGACGGUGUCGCUGAUCCUGAGCAACAAUAAGAUCUCGGCGCUGAAGAAUAACUCUUUCCUCGGCCUGCGAGCUCUGGAGAGACUGGAUCUCAGCAGUAAUCUCAUUAGCAGAAUCACCCCUGGUGCCUUUCACGGCCUGACGGCUCUGAGGAGACUGGAUCUUUCCAACAACAGGAUUGGCUGUUUCUUUGCUGAUAUGUUUCUUGACCUCAUCCGUCUCUCUAAACUGAAUUUGUCUGGGAAUAUCUUUUCCAUGCUGCCGGAGGGUUUGUUCACACACGUCCCGUCUCUCAGAGAGCUGCACGUGGGCACAGACUAUCUGUUCUGUGAUUGUCAGCUGCGCUGGUUGUUGUCGUGGAUCAGAUCUCAUGCGGUGCGUGUGGGGAAUAAAUCCGUGUGCAUGUAUCCGACUCUUCUUCAUGGACUGGAGCUGUGCAGACUUCAGGAGCGGCAGCUCCGAUGCGACGGCCCGCUGGAGCUCCCCGUCCUGCAGCUCAUCCCGACUCAGAAGCAGCUGGUGUUCCCCGGGGACCGUCUGCCUCUCCAGUGCACCGCCUCGUACCUCGACCCGUCCGUCAGACUGUCCUGGAGCCACAAGCAGAGUCCCGUCCACACGCUGGAGGACAGAGGGCUGUACGUGGAGGACAGCAUCAUUCACGACUGCUGCCUCAUUACCAGCGAGCUCAUCCUGUCCAACAUUGAUGCAGCCGUUUCCGGUAAUUGGCAGUGUCACGUGACCAGUUCCCGUGGCAACAGCUCAAUCGGGAUGGAGAUCGUGGUGCUGGAGACGACGGCACUGUACUGCGCAGCCGAGAGGGUCAGUAGCAACAAGGGCGACUUCAGGUGGCCGAAGACGUUGGCUGGGUUCAUGGCCUUCCUGCCGUGUGCCGUGUCCAGCUCUAGCUCCGCCCCUCAGGAAAAGAGGGCGUGGUCUAGCUCUGACUCCGCCCCUCAGGAGAAGAGGGCGUGGCGAAGGUGUGACCGCACGGGCCGCUGGGCGGAGCACGACUAUAACCAGUGCUCAUAUGUGAGAGAGUCCACACGCAGACUGCAUGAGCUCACACAGAUGUCGGUGAAUGUCUCCAGCGCUCUGAUGGUGGCUCAGCAGCUCUCGUCUCUCACCAGCAGGGCGGCGCUGUUUGGAGACAUGAUGGAUGUGAUAUUUGUCACUCAUCUGGUAGAGAGACUCACACGCCUGGUGGAUCAUGUCAGAGAGUUGGCCGAUCUGGUGUUGGACGUGGCCAGUAACAUGAUGGCGGUGGAGGAACAUGUUCUCUGGAUGGCUCAGGACGAGGCUCGUGCGUGUACACGGAUCGUCCAGUGUGUGGAGCGGAUCGCAGACCUCGCUCUCGGAGCAAACACCACCGGCAUCUCAAAGGUUUCGGCUAACAUCGCUCUGGAGGUGCUGACGCUCCGGCUGGACGCUCUCAUGGGUUUAUUGUGUACGGUGGUGCAGCGGCCGCCUCUGCUGCCCCCGGUGGCCAAUGCAGGUCACAGAAGUGGUUUAUCGGAGCACAACACCCUCCUCAACUUCAGAUGCCACACGGUUAACAUCUCCGGGUCAGCCAUGGGUCAGCUCAACCAGAACACGGUGGCCAUCGCCUCCAUACAUUUCCCUCUGGCUGGCCCCCGGUCUGGGGAGAACUGCACCUGUAAUCUGCAGCUGAUCGUUUUCCGCAAUGGAAAACUCUUUCCGUGCACGGGGAAUUCGUCAAAUCUUGCGGACGAUGGCAAGCGCAGAAGCGUUUCGACACCAGUUGCGUUCACCAAAUUAGAUGGGUGUAGCCCCGGGAGCCCCGUGCAGCCGGUUACCGUCGCUCUCCGGCACUUCUCUUUGGGUGUAGACCCCACCGCGGCAUACUGGGAUUUUGAUCUGCUGGAUGGACACGGCGGCUGGCGCGCGGAAGGCUGCCACAUAACGGGCUCCGCGCACAACACGACCACCAUCCACUGCGUGCACCACAACAACCUCGCCGUGCUCAUGGAUCUGAAGAAGGUGCUGUCGUUUCCUCCGUAUCCGGGAGAGUUCCUGCACCCGGUGGUGUACGCCUGCACAGCGGUCAUGCUGCUCUGCCUGUUUGCCUCCAUCAUCACCUACAUAGUGCACCACAGCUCAAUCCGGAUCAGUCGGAAAGGAUGGCACAUGCUUCUCAACUUCUGCUUCCACACAGCGCUGACGUUCGCAGUGUUCGCCGGAGGCAUCAACCGAAUCAAGUACCCCAUCAUCUGUCAGGCUGUCGGUAUCGUCUUGCAUUACUCAUCUCUGUCCACAAUGCUCUGGUUGGGCGUCACGGCACGAAACAUCUACAAACAAGUGACCAAAAACCCUCAGCAAGCGCAGGACGGAGACCACAAGCCGCCUCACCCCAAAUCACCCAUGCUGAGGUUUUAUUUAGUGAGUACAGGAGUUCCCUUCAUGAUCUGCGGCGUUACAGCGGCCAUCAACAUGGAGAACUACGGCAGCGGAGAGCAGACGCCGCUCUGUUGGAUGAAGUGGGAGCCGAGUUUGGGUGCCUUCUACGGCCCCGUGGGGUUCAUCAUCCUGGUGACCUGCGUCUACUUCCUGUGCACCUUCAUCCAGCUGUGCAAACACCCCGAGAGGAAGUACGAGCUGAAGGCUGUGAGCGAGGAGCAGCAGCGGCUCUCUGAUGUCCACCAGGGGGAGCCAGCGAGCGGUCAGUGUCACGGCGGAUGCCCGGGUCUCAUCAACCCGUCCAAGCUAGCCAACGAACACUCGUUUAAAGCCCAGCUGCGGACGACGGCGUUCACGCUGUUUUUAUUCGUAGCCACGUGGACGUUUGCCGCGCUGGCCGUAUCGCUGGGUCACUUUCUGGAUAUGAUCUUCAGCUGCUUGUAUGGGGCGUUUUCCGUCACGCUCGGGUUGUUUGUUUUGAUUCACCACUGCGCGAAACGUGACGAUGUGUGGCACUGCUGGUGCGCAUGCUGUCCUGGGCGACGCCCCUCUGAUGUAUGCCACGCCCACAAAGUCAACAUCAACGGCGACUGCCACCUGGAUGCCGGGAAACCCGCUCACUGCUCGUGUCGCACGCAGGAUCAUGUGACCUGCCUGACACCGGUUUCGCCGUGUUGUGCCGCCCUGCACACGCAACAGCUCCUAGAGGACGAAACCAGUGCGCAUGUGCUCCUCCACGCCGACCCUGAGGGAUACCGGCCCGCCAUGCACUUGCACCGCUGCUCCAAACCCGUCAGAACUAAAACCAGGCGGCAAAGGGAACUAACGUUUCGUAUUCCCUCCGGCGCGGACGGCGCUAGUGCGCACAGCUCGCGUGCAAACAGCCCACACACCCACAUCUGCCACUUGGCUCAUGAAGAGCAUCACGUUUGCCCUCACGAGGCGCUCACGCUCUGCCACCAUCAUCACGUGUGCUGCGCGAAAGAUGAGCUCCUCGACACGGGCGAGAGCUUCCUGUGCGGGUGCGGAAAGCUCGUGGGGGACGAUAUGCAUCACGCACACAUAGAGUUGCAUGCACAUAGACAGUCGCUGGCCAAUCAGAACGGCAUCCUGAAGGGAAGUGCGCAGGCGCUGUAUCCAUCUGACUGCACAGGGAAUAUACGCACGGGACCCUGGAGAAAUGAAACUACCGUGUAGUUCGAGCGAACUCCAGCACUAGCAUUUAAGAAAGCAGCUUUAAUUUCAUUUUUAGUACCAUCUCA